AUGAAUUCAUCUUUUGUUAAUAAAAUGGAAGCAGCUAUGAUUUAUUUAUACUAGAUAUUAGCAUCUUAAUCAGAAGUAUAGUUAUCCCAAAAAUAUACAUAAGAAACUAAUAAAUUCACAACAAUAAUAGUUUUCGAAAGAUAUAUUUCUGAUACAAAAACAAUAUUUUUAUAUGGUUAUGAUUCCAAUUCAUAAAUUAUUAUUAAACAACAACAUUAUAAAUUAGAUGAGUUAGUUACUAACCUAAAUUAUUAUUUAAUGACAGUUAAGGAUUUUUUAUAGUAGAUCCUUAUUCAAAAUUAAGAAAUUUGUAUUCAUUUUAUAAAUUAUGCCUCUGUAAUAGAAACUGAGAAUCUUUAAAUAAAAUAAGAAGCUUAUAAAUUAAUAGAAUUGCCUUUCCCUAAAAGCAAAAUCAUACUUUGGAUGGAAAACAAAAAAGCUCUUCAAUUUCCAAAUGAUUACCUUUAAAUUUAAAUUUCCUUCAAUUAAUUGGCAUUACUAAAAAUUGAGCGUAAUUUAAUCUAGAAUUUAGAAAUCUAUGAAUAGUUCACUAUUAAAUAAAUUACUUAAAUCCAAGAAAUUCACAAAUAAUUUUUGUAACGAUUAACACUUUGUGAAUAACAAGUAGAGACUUUUAAUUUUUUAAGUUUAAUUAAAGAUAUUACUUUAAUAUAAGACAUACCAGAAGAAAUAGAAUAUUUAGCAUAAUUUUUAAUGAAUUUACCUCAAUAUACUUGUUAAGAAACAGUCAUAAUGAUAGCAAAACUUAAAUUGUAUAAAUAAAAUGUAAUACAAAAGAAAACAGUUAAUUAAUAAAAAUUAAAAAUUAAUGAAUACAUAGAAAUAACAAAAACUGAUAUAAAUCUAUUUAAAGAGGAAAAAAAUUGUCAUUUCCCAAAAAGAGGAGAGAAUAGUUAAAAGUAAUUUUUUUAAAUCAACUUUUUAUAGAUGUAAAGUCUGCUAAAAAAAUGGUAGAAAAGUUCGAAAAUCAAGUUUUGUUUGUGAAGCCUGCUAAAAACAUUACAAAUUAAAUGUGACACUUUGUACAACAAAAUGUUUUAAAUUGUUUCAUUUAAAUCCAGCAAAAUAUCUACGAAGAAAAAGUAGAGCAAAAAAAACAAAAAUAGAAGAAUGA